GAAGAGACAAGUGGGGAGGAGGGCUGCCCAAAUUUAGUUUCAGGGACAAAGUUGGGUAAGGCACAGCUGUGUAAGUACAUGUGCGCCAACGAUCAUAUUUUCAGUGCAAGUAAUGGGGGAGAUGGAGUAUGUUAAGGAAACAAAGGAAGGGCACUCACCGGGAGAAAUUUACGUUGAAGUAAGAUCUGAGGGGGAAUCUGUCAGAGGUAGCUGCCCAGCAUAUGCAAGAAUGUCAGACAUACUACCUGUAUUUAUUUGCCUCUUGGAGAAAUGUCAAAUUGAGGGAAUGAAAAUCUGUACAGAUGUCUAAAGAAUUACAGAGAACAAAACCGGAACAAAGACAAAAUCAUAAAUUCUCAACACUGAAGAUUAGUGGCCGUGAAACAAAAUCUCAGUUAACCUGUUGUUUCCACACCAUAAACUGAAGAGUUCUUCUUUUCCCACUGAUCUGCCAUCUCAUCUGUCAAAGAAAUCAGUUUAAGGGCUCUAAGUAAUCUAUUUAUCACUGUACCAAUCUCACAUUAUCUUAAUUACUUUAGUGUAGAGAAAUAACUGAGGACAUGGAAAGGAGACUUGACCCAUGAGCCCCCCCCCCCCCUCCGGCAAACCGGGGGCGUGCGAAUAAGCCAGAACUGCAAACAGUCCUGGAUGCUUUGGGCACUGAUCCAUGAAAUGUCCUCGGUAUAAUCAGAAUAAUGGGAACACAAGGAAAUGUCCUUGUGCUGCUUUUGAGCUCAAGGACGAAGCACGGCAUGUCUUCAAGAAAGCCCACUGUUGCUUGUAUAAUCAGUGAAAGCAUAUGUAGCUGCUUUGGCAUUUCUGGAAUGUUAAGAAAACAAAUCUUAAGGUGUAAACAUAGAUAAUGCUUAAAUAAAAGUCACCACAGCAGGAUGAGACGGCGCUGUAUUGCCUGAGCGAGCAGCAGCCCUCUACUGUUGUGUUUCUGCACAAUUCAUCUCGUGUGAUGAGCUUACUUUCAGCCCUGUCAUAAGAAACUACAUUUGGCGCCCGAACAGGGACCUGAAGGUAAGUCCCGAGGUCACGCGGGACCGAAGGGGAUUUUUGUACGCUAAAGAGUAAAGCGAAACCUUCGGGAAGAGUAGAGUCAUGGGGAAUUCUCCCUCAGUGGAAUGUCACUACAUUAGACUCCUGAAACAGUUAUUACGGAGUUCUGGAGUGAAAGUGAAACAAGAAUCUUUUGAUGAAUUGUUUGCGGAGAUUCGUAAACAUUGUUACUGGUUUCAACCUACUGGUCAUAACCAGUUGAAUUUAAAAGUUUGGAAACAGGUUAUGCGAGCAUUAAGAAGAGCUCAUCAGUAUGGAGACCCUAUAUCUAUCUGUCCGUGUCUGGUCUCUCUGUAAUCUAAUUUCUCUUGCCCUGGAAUCAUUACAAUCUGAGACUGCAAGUGAAAAUGGGGCGCGCCCUCAGCGUCCGAAUUCUGCUCCCGAUCACUCUGCUACUUUUCGUACUCUGUCCCGUGAAUCUCCUAUAGAGGACCUUCCUCCGCCUCCUCCUCUUAUGUCUGAGACAGGAGAGGAUUUUUCGGGCUCCAGUGAUGAAGGGGCUCUUUCUGAUGAUGAUAAACGUCGGGAGCAAGCUAAUAAACAAAAUGAGAUGCCACUUUCUCAACAGAAUGAGAUUCUGAUAUACUUUCAAAGGUGAAAAAUUUGAUGGCUAAAUUGGAAGAAAAUAAAAACAAUGCUACCACCCCUUCAUAUCAGGAGCCAUGUCCUACUAUUCCUUCGGCUCCUCCUUUAGAAUUAGCUGCUUAUCCUGUUGGAGCCUCUCGUCAGUUUCGAUUUCCUCUAAAACCUGAAUGUAAUAAACUUUUAUUGGAAGAAGAGAUGAAUAAGGAAGAAAAGCAAUAUUCUGAACCAUUUUUUGUUUUCCCUAUUGUUAGACAAGCUAUGCCUGCUAAUGAUCAAUUUCCGAAUGGAUAUAUGAGUGUUGAGUAUAACCCUCAUGAUUUUAAAAUUUUUAAAAUGCUAAAAGAAGCCAUUAAUGCAUAUGGGAUGCAUUCUAAUUAUGUUCAAGGUCUUUUGUCUGGGUAUGCUUCCAAAAACAUAUUAUUUCCUCAGGAUUGGGAGGCACUUGCCAGGACUGUUCUUGAACCUGGACAAUAUAUGCAGUUUAAGACUUGGUGGAAAGAAGAAGCUGAAAACAUGGCAAGGACUAAUGUGGCCCGUAAUCCUCCAGGACCACUUUUAGAUGAAUUAAUAGGAGCAGGCGCAUUUAGUAAUGUACAAGCUCAAGCUCAAUUUGACGAUUUACGAAUCAUUCAAAUACGUAUGUGUUGUUUGCGAGCAUGGCUACGAGUGGAACCCCCUGGAAAAACAGCACAAUCUUUUACUAAGUUAAUGCAAGGGCCUGGUGAGCCUUACACAGAUUUCUUGUCUAGAUUGCAUGCAGCCAUUCAAAGAGCUGUAGCACAAAUAGACGUGCAAGAUUUAUUAUUACAAUCCUUGGCCUUUGAGAAUGCAAAUCCUGAAUGCCAGAAGGCAUUGCGGCCUUUACGAGCUGUAAACGCUCCACUUGAAGAGUAUAUAAAAGCUUGCCAUGAUAUUGGAUCUCCUACUUAUGCCAAUUUACUUGCAGCUGCCAUAACUGGAGGGUUGAAAGAUAAUCGUACUAAAUGUUACAAUUGUGGAAAGUAUGGACAUAUGAGGCGAGAUUGUCGAAAAGGGCAAGGCCAAAUAUCAAAACAGGUUAAGAAUGAACAGCCACCUGGUAUGUCGCCGGUGUGGUAAAGGACAACACUGGACUAAUGAAUGCCGUUCCAAAAGGGAUAAGUUAGGAAAUCUUUUGCCUCCACGAGAUAAUGUCUCGGGAAACGGGAAGCUAGGCCCAACCCGGGGCCGCAACAACAAUACGGGAAAAGCGACGGUAAAUUCUCAACGGUAUUCUGUAAGCAAUGGCAGCUUUCAUCAGACACUACAGGACAAUCUCAACAUCGGCUCUUAGUUACUGAUCUCAUGCAUGCUACCAGCAGCAGUGCUGCCGUUGACUUAAUUGCUCCUCGAGAUUGUAUCCUUACGCUAGCAGGAGGAGUUCACAAAUUAGCUACAGGAGUUUAUGGGCCUAUACCUGCAGGAACCGUGGGACUAUUAUUAGGACGAAGUAGUUUGACUCUGCAGGGUGUAACAGUUCAUACUGGAGUUAUUGAUGAGGAUUAUAACGGAGAAAUUUCUAUUAUGAUUUCUGUUACAAAACCGAUAGAAUUUAAUAAAGCACAAAGAAUUGCUCAAUUGUUACUGUUACCAUGUAUAAAACAAGCAGCCGCCCCGGUAAAGCGUACUGGGGGGUUUGACAGCACGGGGAAAAAAUGUUUUUUGACAAUCCUUUAUCGAUGAUCAACGUCCCCAAUUAACGAUUACCUUUAAUAAUAAUGUGAAAUUUAUGGGCCUUGUUGAUACGGGAGCCGAUGUGUCUAUAAUAAAACAGUCUGAAUGGCCUUCACUUUAGCUUCAUAGAAAUUCUGGGUUUUGAGAGGACAAGUACCCUUCACCUCAUUCUUUUUAAAUUAUUCUUGCACUUUUGUUCUUUCAUAUAAAUUUUAGAAUUGUCUUGUCAGGCUCCUUAAAAAAGUCCUGUGGGCAUUUGAUUGGAAUUUUACUGAAACUAUAUUUUCAAUAAUAUAUCUAAAGAUUCUUCGAGGUUUUCUUUUUUUAACUUUUUAUUUUAUACUGGAGUACAGUUGAUUAACAAUGUUGUGUUAGUUGCAGGUGUAUAACAAAGUGAUUCAGUUAUACAUAUACAUGUAUCCAUUCUUUUUCAAAUUCUUUUCCCAGUUAGGUUGUUACAGAAUAUUGAGCCGAGUUCUCUGUGCUAUACAGUAGGUCCUUGUUGGUUAUCUAUUUUAAAUAUAGCUGUGUGUACAUAUCAAUCCCAAACUCCCUAACUAUCCACCCCCCACCAUAAGUUCAUUCUCUAAGUCUGUGAGUCUGUUUCUGUUCUGUAAAUUUGUAUCAUUUUUUAAAGAUUCCGCAUAUAAGCAAUAUCAUGCGAUAUUUCUCUUUCUCUGUCUGACUUACUUCACUCAGUAUGACAAUCUCUAGGUCCAUCCAUGUUGCUGCAAAUGGCAUUAUUUCUAUGUAGGUGAUCAUAUCACCUGUGAAUAAUGACGGUGUUGUUUUUGUCUGUCCAGUCUUGUGUCUUUCAUCUCUUUCUUGUAAAAUCUGACUAGACUUCCAUCAUCUGUUGAAAAGAAGCCAUAACUGUGGGUAUUACUAUCUUGUUUUGAUUUUAAAAGGUCUCUUAUGUUUUACCAUUAUUUACUGUUAUUAAGAAUGAACUUUGCUGUAGAGUUUUCCAGAUGUCCUUAAUCAAGGGAGUUUACAUUUAUUCCUAGGUUCAUUUGCUUUUGUUUUAUCAUAAAUAGAUCUUGAUUUUUUUUCAAAUGCUUUUUCUUCAUCUAUUAAUGGGAUCUUAGGUUUUUGAUAUAACAUCAUAACAUUUUUCUAAUGUUAGAAUGAUAUUCAGUCCCAAUUUGGUCAUACUGUAUAGUAUUUCAUAAACGUUGUUGGAUUUAUUUGUUAAUAUUUUGAUUGAUCCUGGUGCAUCUGAAUUUAUAAAAUUUAUAAAUUUUUCUUCUCCAUGUCAUCUUUGUCUGCUUUUGUAUCAGAGAUUGGGUAAAGUAUAUGCAUUCCCAGGCUUUCUCUGUUACAAAAGUGGUGGAAUGUUGGGAUUAGGAGACAAUUGUGUUCACAUCAGAGCACCACGGUUCAUAUCACAGUAUGCUAGUUAACUGUGUGGCCUUGUAGCAAAUUGUUUAACACAUGCAGCUGUAAAUCAGAGUCAAAACUGUAAGUACUUCAGCAGGUUGUAAAUGCGUGCAGUGGCUAAGUGCUCAAUAAAUGUUGACUUUUUU